CAUGCCCCCCCAACAGUCAGUACGUGCCCUGUGCCGCCCCCUGCCAGCCACCCUGUGCCUCCAGACCCUCCACAGGGGUGUGAUGCUCCCUGUUCAGAGGGCUGUGUGGUGUGACCCCCUGGUUACGUCCUCAGCGCCGGGAAGUGUGUCAAAGAGAACUCCUGUGGCUGCAAAGACACCAACGGACAGUACUACGAGCCUGGUGAGGAGUGGUACGUGGAGGACUGUAAGCUGAAAUGUUAUUGUAACGCUCCCUUCGUCACCUGCAAUCCUUCUGAUUGCCCUCCAAUGCACGAGUGUAAGGUCCAGGGAGGAGAGCUGGACUGCUACCCUACAAGUUCCCAGGACUGUGUGAUCUCUGGAGACCCACACUACAAUACAUUUGAUGAUAGGUUCUACAGCUUCAUGGGGACCUGCACCUACACCCUGGCCAGGACCUGCAAGAACAACACAGGUCCGUGGUUCUCUGUGGAGGGUAAGAACGAGGAGCGUGGUCUGGCUGGAGUGUCCUACCUGAAAAAGCUCUACGUCACUGUCGAUGGAAUCACUGUCACACUAAUGAAGAGCAGGAAGACUCUGGUGAAUGGAAAGCGAGUAUCCCUCCCUCACUCCCCCUCUCUGCUCAUCUCUCUAUCGCUGGCGGGUCAGUACGUCACGCUGCAGACUCCGUUCGGCCUCAAGGUGCGCUGGGACGGAAACCACUACGCCCAGAUCUCAGUGCCCAGCUCCUACUCUGACCAGAUGUGUGGUCUGUGCGGCGACUACGACGGUAACCCUAACAACGACUUCACCAAGCCGGAUGGAUCCCAGGUCACCAGCUCCAAGGACUUUGGAAACAGCUGGAAGACCGAGGAAGAUGAGGAUGUCACAUGCAAACCCGACACCAACCCAGAUCCACACUGUGAUCCCUCACAGGAGGCAGAAGUUUCCAAACCUGAGAACUGUGGGAAAUUAACCGACACCAAAGGACCCUUCAGGGAGUGCAUAGCGUUGGUGGACCCUAGUCCUUUCUUCCAGAGCUGCGUGUAUGACAUGUGUCGCUUCGUGGGCCAACAGCAGAUGCUGUGUGACCAGCUCCAGGUGUAUACUGACGCCUGCCUGAGCGCAGGGAUCAAGGUCCACCCCUGGAGGGAGCCAGAUUUCUGCCCCCUGGCCUGUCCUCCCAACAGUUCUUACUCCAUGUGUGUGAGCUCCUGUCCAGAGACAUGUCUGGGUGUCAGCGGCCCCCCUGGCUGCUCCGAGGUGUGUGUGGAGGGGUGUGAGUGUGACCUUGGCUUUAUCCUCAGUGACGACAAGUGUGUUCCUGUUAAAGACUGUGGCUGUGUCAACUCCUCUGGAGACUACCAUCCUGUGGGGGACGCCUGGUACCUGGAGGGCUGUAAGGAGAAGUGUGUGUGUCUGGGUGGAGGGGUGCUACAGUGUCACAACACCACCUGUACCCCGGCAGAGAGCUGCGGCCUGCAGGACGGGGAGUUAGGAUGUUACCCACUGGAAACAGGUAUCUGCACUGUACAGGGCGACCCUCACUACACCUCUUUCGAUAAAAAGGUGCAUAACUUCAUGGGUUCCUGUUCCUACACUCUCACCAAGCCGUGCAAUGAGUCCGCCGGCUUGCCGUACUUCACCGUCGACACCCAGAACGAGCACCGAGGCAGCAACAAGAAGGUGUCGUACGUCCGAGCCGUCAUGGUCAAGGUCUACGGGAUGACCAUCAUCUUGGGAAAGGGACGCAAAAUACAGGUCAACGGUACCCUGGUGACCCCUCCCGUGACUCUGACCAAUGGGGUGAAGGUCUACUUGAGCGGGAAGUUUGUUGUGUUGGAGACGACCUUUGGCCUGCGGGUGAGGUUCGAUGGUAACCACCACGCUGACGUCACUCUGCCCUCCUUCUACAACGGACUGCUCUGUGGACUUUGUGGAAACUUCAAUGACCAACCUGGUGACGACAACAUCAAGCCAGAUGGUAAACCAGCCGUCAACACCAACGAACUGGGCGAGAGCUGGCAGGUCCCCGACGACCGCCCUGACUGUACCCACGGUGGAGGAGAGGAGGAGUGUGAUCCCAAGGUGGAGGCAGAGGCUGUGAAACCUACCAGCUGUGGGAUGAUCAGUGACCCUAACGGUAUCUUCAAGCCGUGCCACGCGGUGGUUCCCCCCAACAUCUACCAGGAGAACUGUGUGUAUGACCAGUGUGCUACAGGAGGGGAGACGGUGGCUCUGUGCCAGGCUAUAGAGAGCUACGCUGACCUGUGUGCCUUGGCUGGAGUACCCAUCGCAUGGAGGAACAACACCUUCUGUCCUCUGAAGUGUCUCCCAGGUAGCCACUACGAGCCCUGUGGUAGCGCCUGUCCCUCCAGCUGUCAGAACCCUACUUUCAACUCCACCUGUAACCAGCCCUGUGUAGAGGGGUGUGUGUGUGACCUCGGACUGCUCCUCAGCGGAGACAAGUGUGUCCCACCCAGCCAGUGUGGCUGCACCGACGAGGAUAACAACUAUAGACCGGUGGGAGACAGUUGGUUCACUGAGCUGGACUGUUCGGAGCGUUGUAGGUGUAACCCUGGCAACAACAUGACCUGUGAGCCGUGGCAGUGUAGCCCCGCCCAGGAAUGUAAGGUGUUGGAGGGAGAGCUGGGAUGUGUCUCAACAGGUUUGGGUGUGUGUCAUGUGUCUGGAGAUCCUCACUACUACACCUUCGACGCUGUCAUGCACACCUUUAUGGGUACCUGUACCUACACCCUGGUAGAGGUGUGUAACUCCACCAAGGUAACUCCGUUCACCAUCGUGGCGAAGAAUGAGGAGCGCGGCCAACCAGAGGCGUCUUACGUGCACUCUGUUACAGUCUACCUUCCCAACGCCAACGUCACGCUACAGAAGAGCCGCAGAGUUCUGUUGAACGGGCACAGGGUGCGCACUCCUCUGUCCAUCGAUGUGGCCGGGGCCAGGGUCUUGAGUAGUGGUGUCUACAUUCUACUGGACACUAACUUUGGACUGAAGGUGAAGUUUGAUGGAGUCCAUCACCUGGAGAUCACCGUCCCUGGAGAAUACUUCAACAAGGUGUGUGGUAUGUGUGGUAACUUCAACAUGAACACGUCUGAUGACAACCUGAAACCAGAUGGAAAGCCGGCCAAGGACGUGAUAGAACUGGGCAACAGCUGGAAGUCAGAGGGAGACUCAGACCCAGGAUGCUCGCCAGAUGAGCGUCCCAGCAUCCACCCCAACUGCACGACAGGAGAAGAGAACCAGUACGAGACCCUGUGUUCUUCUGUUGUCCUCGGAGACAAGUUCAAGCCCUGCCACUCUUUACUGUCCCCAGAGGCUUUCCUGGGGAACUGCGUGUAUGACAUGUGUGAAUACGACGGCAUGCAGGCCACACUGUGUGAUAACGUGGAAGCAUACGCCCAAGCCUGUCAGUCAGCCGGGGUCACCAUCAGCUGGAGGAACAACACAUUCUGUCGCGGGUCUUCCUGGUCCUUGGAGGCGCUUGCGGUGCCUGCCUCAAAGGGGCCCCCAGAUGCCCCCUCUCUGUAUCUGCCUCGGCCCUGGCCCAGCCCACCUGCUCUGAACCUGUUCCCACGCUCUGCCACCGCCCUCAACCACCUGCGUCGAGGGGGUGUCAGUGUAAACGCGGAGUCUCGACGACAAGGUGUAAUAUCCAUCGGUGACCCCACUAACCCGUACGUUGAUGGUGGCUCACCCACACUUCCAGGGCCCCAUCCUAUCCUGACCGCAGGCUCACGACCUCCCCAACUACUGGUCGAAAUCUGA